CGAGACCCUUGAGCGUGCCCGCCUGGAGCAGACAGCCCUGCGACAAAGGACACACUGGCCACAAUGUGGCGGGUGAGUCACUUGGGGUCUGCCUUCCCCCGCGCAACGCUGGAAAGCCUCAGCCACAGCCAUGACUUCAUCGCCUGACUGACAGCUGCGACGGGCGCUCCAGGGCAGGAAGGGCCCCGGACGUGACACUCCAGGCCUGACUUUGACAGCCAGCCCGGUUUCGUGGUAGUGGCGGCCAUUCAGAGUCAAGCCGUCAGGAAAGCUCCGUCCCGGCGCAUCUUCCUCCUAGCCGUCUUCAUCUACGUACAUCUUGCAUCUCCUAGUUGCCCUGGUCGUCCUGUUCCACCAACAAUCUUACCUCUCCGUCACCAGCAGAUCCGACCCGUGCCCCUCUCACGAGACCUUCAAGAUGGCGACGGGCGCCCCACCCAACUACUAUGCGAUUCUCGACAUCUCAGAGACAGCUUCGAACCAGCAGAUUCGCGAGGCUUACAAGCGCGCUGCGCUCAAGACACAUCCAGACAGAGUUCCUGCCGACUCACCAGAGCGCGCCAGCCGCACACGCAAGUUCCAGCUCGUGAACGACGCAUACUACACCCUCUCAGACUCGGCCCGGCGACGCGAGUACGACGCUCAGCGCAAGCUGUUUGGAGGCAGCAGGGCAAAGCCGCAGCCAAAACCUAGCACCGGCGCCCACACCCAAGGGGGCGUGCCUGGCUCAUUCUCCGACGAUGACUGGGAGGAAGCCUUUGACGAGGAAGUGCCGCCAGGAGGGACUGGAACCCAGCCCAAUGGCUUCUACAGCUGGGCGUGGAACUACUUUACCGGGCAGGCAAACCCCGACAACACGCAGCAGGCUCGCCAGGAGACAGAGAAUGCACAGUUUGGUGACGUGUUCGAGGAGAUGCUCCGGGAAGAGGGCAUGGAGGAAGCCCGCAGUCAGAACGGGGGCAAGUUCUGGGGCGUCGCUGGUGGCGCGGCCGGCGGUGUCCUCGGAUUCAUCGUGGCCAAUUUCCCUGGUGCCAUAGGUGGUAUGGUGGCCGGCAACAGACUUGGCGCCAUCCGCGACGCAAAGGGCAAGAGCGUUUAUGCUGUCUUCCAGGAUUUGCCGUACGACGAUCGUGCCCGGCUGCUAGCACAGCUUGCCACCAAGGUCUUCAGCCACGCUGUUGGUGUAUGAUUCAGCCUCGGUGGCUGUAUCUCAGUACUGGUCACCUGUCCCGAAUUAAGUCAUUAAUCUUUUGAUUUUGCAGGUCGGAUUGUUGUUUAUGGAGAUAUCCUUUGAGACGUUUGCACUUGCGCCAGGAAUUACCUUUUGCACGUCGGGCUUGGCAUGAAGUCGGCACCGACCAAAUAGAUAGCAUCAAUAUCACUCGAAAGAAGAAUCAAUACGAGACACAAGUAUUGCUAAUA